AUUAUUUCCUUUCGAUGAGAGUAAGCUAAAUAAUGUUCUCUCGCACGUUAAUUUUUGAAACACAUUAUAAGCGUAAAUAUAUUGUUGAUUGAACUUUCUUUCAGUGGUUUGGAUGAACUGUCUUCUUCUCAAUGUAUCGAGCUUCUGCAAAAAUUGGCGCAUAAUGGACAUACUGUCAUAUGUUCGAUACACACCCCCAGCGCGAAAAUAUUUCAAAAAUUUGACCACGUCUACGUCAUCACUGCAGGACAAUGCAUUUACAGAGGCAGUGCGAGCAACCUAGUGACAUAUCUACAAAGCGUGGACAUAGAAUGUCCGAGACAUUACAAUCUCGCAGAUUUCGUGAUAGAAAUCUCAUCAGGCGAACAUGAUUUCGAUCUGACUGAACGAAUGAUCGCUUGUAUGGAAAUGAAAGCACCAAUUCUGCAGGUCUACCGCUCGAAACAGGAUUUCGAACUUGAGAGGAAAAAUUAUCCGAGACAAUUAUGUUUCGAUCAUUUCAGCAUACUAAUGCACAGAAUGAUGCUGCAGCUCUGUCGGAACAGGGACCAUCUGUACCUGAAGAUAUAUUUGUACGUUUUCUUGGGAUUCAUUAUUGGCGGAACUUUCAAUGACAUGGGUUACGACGGAUACAAGAGUAUCUACAAUUUGGGCUUUUGUUUUACGACUGUUUUGAUAUUCCUCUACAUACCUACGCUGCCCAUACUUCUGUGGUUUCCUGAAGUACUUGUACUCGUAGAGCGGGAAUGCUUUAAUGGAUGGUAUAAUAUUAGUUCUUAUUUCUUGGCGUUAACAAUAACAAAAAUAGCUGAACAGGUUAGUUCUCGAUG